GACUUCUCUUUAGAUACGUACAAACGUGAUAUCAUCAUUGAAACACAUAAUAGAGAGCUUAAAAGAAUCUCCUCAUUACAUCCAGCUUACAUGCCUCUCCAAUAUCCUCUUUUAUUUCCUUAUGGUGAACGUGGAUUCCAGCUCGGUAUUCAUUACAGUAAUAGAAAUCCUAUUGGGGCAACCACAGGACGCCAUAUGACAAUGCAAGAAUACUAUUGCUAUCAAUUCCAUUAUAGGAAGAAUCAGCCAAAUCCGUACCUAUGCUAUGGUCUGUUAUCAAGCCAAGCCAAAGUUGACGCACGUGCUGCUAUUGAGGAGAGUAGACUUCACUACAUUGCUCAAAAUCAAAGAAACUUACGGAUGGAAAGUAUCCAAGGAAUAGCAGAUGCUGUUAGCCGUGGAUGCAUAAAUGGCGAUGAAAUGGGAAAAAGAGUUGUUCUUCCAGCAUCGCACGUUGGAGGACGACGCUAUAUGAUUCAAAAUUACCAUGACGGUCUAGCAAUUUGUGGAAAGUAUGGUCCUCCUGACUUUUUUGUUACAUUUACAUGUAACCCUUCAUGGCCUGAAAUUACUGAAAGUAUCUUUCAGCAUGGUCAAACAGCUCCUGACAGAUCAGACGUAGUUACACGGGUCUUCCAUCUAAAGCUUCAUGAAUUACUUCAGGAUAUUAGAUCAGGAACUAUCUUUGGUCCGUUACUGGCAGUGUUACAUACCGUUGAAUUCCAAAAACGUGGCUUGCCUCAUGCACACAUUAUAUUUUGGGUCUCCACUGACACUUCUCAACCAACACCUGAGCUAAUUGACUCAUUUAUAACUGCUGAGAUACCAGAUCCAGAAACUGAUCCGUUAGGGUACGCCUUAGUUGCUGAACAUAUGGUCCAUGGCCCAUGUGGAGAUUACAACAAACAUGCUCCUUGCAUGAAAAAUGGUCGAUGUUCAAAAAACUAUCCAAAAAAACUUCAAGAGGAAACUUCCUUUGAUGAGAAUGGCUUUGUUCUCUACAGAAGAAGAAAUAAUGGACGUGUUGUUUUCAAAAAUAAGAUUGCACUGGAUAAUAGGUAG